ACUGAGCGAGGAGGAGGAGGAGGAAGAGGAGGAGGAGGAGGAAGAGGAGAUGGCGGGGGAUGCCGAAGGCUACGAGGAGCACAUCGCCGGGCUGCUGGCGACGGUGGCCCAGCUGCAUCGAAGGGCCGAGCAGCUGCAGCACCGCACGAGCAGGGAGGAUGAGGAGGGCUGGGAGGGCAUCGCCAGCCUCCCCGCUGCCAGCCCACAGCCCCAGCACCUCGACAGCACGCUCCACACCGCUGCUGCUCAGGAAGCUCACAGCCCUGACCUCUUCACCGACCUGCAGCACGCCGUGAGCUCGCUGGAACGCGCUGUUUUCUCCCGGCACCGGCAAGCACCAGCGCAACCCAUGCCGGGCGAGGAGUGGGCACGGGCGGCCAAGAGCCUGGAGGAGCUAAACCGGGCACCAGGCUGGACCGGGAGGGCGAUGCACCGGGACCCAGAGGAGGGAGCGGGCACGGGGCUGCCAGCAGAGGAGGCGGCGAGGAACGUGGCACUGCGGGCGGCCCUGGGGCGCCGGGAUGAGGAGCUGAACCGGGCCACCGCCUCGCUGCGGGCGCUGCGGGGGGAGCGCGACCGACUGCAGCAGAAGGUCCGGGAGCUACGGGAUGCUCUGUCCAGGCUGGAGGAAACUGGGGGCUCUGGCAGCGACACCCCUGGGCUUAGCAGCCCCCCAGGGCAGGGGGAGCCCGGGCUGCCCCAGGGCUCGCCCCAGUGCGGCAACAGUGCUGAGCCCCACAGCCCCCUCUCCCCCCAACCCUCGGAGGGUGCCAGCCAGGAGCAUGAGGUGCAGGUGCAGCAGCUGCAGGGGUACUUGGGGAGGCUGCAGGAGGUGAACCGGCGGCUGGCAGCCGCGCUGCAGGACUGCAAGAGCGAUGCGGAGCGGCUCAGCAUGGUGCUGGGCCAGCACGAGUCCUGCAGCACCGCCCUGCGCCUGGCCCUGCGCUGCAGCGAGCGCUGCGGGGGGGCUUACGCCGCCCUCCUCGACUUGAUGCGGGGAAAGAUGGGCCGGGAGGAUGAUGAUGGCCGUGGAGGCCUAGGAGCAGCGGGGGAGCAGAGCCCCGGAUGCAGGUGGGGGUCCAGCCCCCCACCAACGGAGGGGCCGCAGGUCCUGGGCCGAGCGGAGCCGGACGGCCAGGAGGAGAGCGGGGAGAGCGGCUCCCCGGGGCUGCAGAGCAACCCCGCACCCCUCGGGAUGGAGGAGGGGGCCCUCCGCGAGCACAUCCGCCGGCUGCGCACGGAGCAGGCAGCCGUAGAGGCGUCCCUCCGCGACGCCCCGGCACCCACCAGCACCCACUGGAGCAAGGACACCCGAGCCCGGGCUGAGCAGGUGCUGCGGGAUGCCAGGGCUCUCCUGCCUGGCUGGAGGCGGCCGGAGAAAGCGGAGCUGCUGCAGGACUUGGCAAUGCUCAAGGAAGCCAUGGCCGACCUGAAGACGCGGCUGCAGCUGGUGGAGAGGGAGAAGCGGGGACUGGAGCUGCUGGCAGCCGGACAGGGGCCGCGGGAGGCUGCACUGCGCCUGGUGCUCCAACAUCUGGAAUGGGAGCGGGAUGGGGGGUCCGGACGCCUCCCCAACCCCUCCAGCAGCUCCAGCAGCAGCGAGGAGGAUGCCCAAACCGGCCGGGCAGGAGCAGCGGCUCCCCAGCACCCUCAGGACCCGGAGAAGAUGGGUGAAGAGCUUCUCCGCACCCUGGCCCGGACCGAGGAGCUGCGUGCCCGGGUGCAGGCCCUGGUGCUGUCCCUGGAGCGGAGCAGCGCCGUCAGCCGCGCGCAGCAAGCACAGUGUGUCACCGUCACCGUGGAUUUGUUCCACGCACACAGCACGCUGGCCCUGGCGUACCGGGGGGCCCGGCGGAAGCAGGCGGCUCAGCUGCGGCGCCUGGAGCUGCAGGCGGGUGCCCUGCGACGGCAGCACGCCCGGCAGGCGCAGGCGCUCGCCCGCAGCCUGCACACCCUGGAGCAGGGGACGGCCGACACCGAGACCUGCAUCUAGGGGGACACCCCCACCCCCUCACGUCACCCCCCAAAGCCCCUCCCGUGCUUCGAGGCGGCUGCUGUAUCCCCAGGGAGAAUAAACCACUGAUGCUCGUG